AUGUUUACCAACACAAUGCCAGUCGUGCUGCACGCACUCGAUGCAAUGUGUGCCAAUCGAGGUUGCGAUUGCGUCUAUACACCGAGCAAGAGAGGUGGUGCAAGAAGACGCAAGAAGAACACCAAUAGCGAAGGUCGUAUAGAACAAUCCCCACCAAAUGAGCUCCUUACUGGUCCAGCCCCGGUGGUUUCAUUGGCCACCCCUGGCGCUGGUCUUCUCCAGAGAGAUGAACAAUUGGAUUUUGAUAUGGACUUUGCAUUUGACUCAAACAUGCAAGGGAAUCAAGAACCUUUGUCAAUGAACGAUGGAUUUUUAUCACAAAAUGUGCUAGAUGAUACCUUUCAAAUGGAGAAAGAAACACCUGUAGUAAGAACUUAUGCUAACGAUGAGGACAUUUUGAGCGCAUAUUAUGUUUACAUCCAUCCGUAUUUCCCUGUUCUUCCACCCCCUUUGAUCAACCAAGCUGUUGACAAAUUGGAAACCGGGGUACAAGGACCAAACGAUAUCUUAUUUCAUAGCAGAAGCAAUCCACAAUUUCAAUCUGCUUCCCCGAUGACUCUUGCGAUCUCCGCACUACUUGCACUAAUUCCACAUCCUGACGAUCCAAGCCCCACAUCUCCAGAAUCUAUUAUACUACGUCGAAAUCAAGCACAAGUCUUUGCUCAGUUAGCGAUUGACGGCGUUGAGAUUGAGAAUGAGAUGAUAGAGUCUAUAGUGGACCCUGGGGAGGCUCUAAGCGCCCAAGAGAUGCAGAUAUAUCGCUCACAAAUUCACUCGCAAGUAAGGUUGGAGGCGGAGAGUACAAUCGCACUGCUGCUACUAUGUACUUAUGAAUAUUCCCAACGAGGAAAUAUUUCGAAGAUGCGCAAGAGGUGUGGACAAGCUUUGGUAUCUGCCAUGGACUUGGGAUUACAUUCAAAGGAUAAAGUGGAUUAUGCAUAUGCCGAAUCAGAUAGACGAGUAUGGUGGAUGACGGUAUGUACGUCUGCGUUUGCCAAGGCUCUAUACUUAGUUGCAUGGUAUGUAUUUCUCUCCAAGCGCUCAUUCCUUCAUGUUUUGACCAAAGCUAUAAAGGCGCCCUCGAUUCUCCUCUCCGAUCCAAGAUUCACGACGCCACUCCCAACCUUUGGGUCUGAUUCGGAUGCUUGGGAUGUUUUUCUUGAAGCACAAAGAGUGAUUGCAACAGCAACACAAUUCGUGAUUGAUCUCGAAUCGUCUUUGAAAUCAGAAUCUCAUGAUCUGAAACUCUGGGAGGCAAUGGCAGGAUUGGAAAAGACCAUUGAGCCGCUGGUUCAAAAUGCAGAAAAGUGGUCCUAUGGAAACGUGGAUUAUAUGGAACCAUCAGAGAGCGUCGUCGCAAAAAGCCUGCGGCUGAUGACACGUAUCAAGCUGAACAGCGCGAGGAUUAAGAUCCAUCGAUAUUGUGCGUUCUCCGAUAUGCCAGUCUUCACGAAGAAGCAUUGUGACUUGUCUUCCACCACCCCUUCUGUUGGACAAAAUCCGGGUACCGCCUGCGGUUGUAGCAAUAACCUACAGCAAGCCACGGCCACUUUGACGCUCAGUCCCGGUAUUCUAAACUCCCCAUUACCUGAUGAUAGUUCUGUUUUCGAUUCUCCGAUUCUGCCAUUUAGUGGUCGAUUUUCCUCAAAAGUAUGCAUGCAAUCCGCAUUCAACAUCGCCCAAUCAUUCCGUGCUUUGCCAUUUCCACGGCCUUCAGAUCCAAGGAAUACUUCCUAUUGGAACAGCACUAUACAAACAAAUCUACCUCGCAUGAUGCCAAUAUUUGCCUGCUGCAGUAUGCAAGCAAGUUACUCAAUGAUUAUGCUUUGCCACAAGACUCUUGCAAUUAAGCAAGCUACUUCUUUCGAAGAUGGACUCAGGAGGAGGACCGAUAAGCUAUUAUUUCAAUUACAUGAGGGCAUCAAAAUGAUUCUGGAUGCCUUGGAGAAUUAUUCAACGGCAAAUGAAGCCUUGAAAGGGAUGCGAGAUCAAAUACGUAUGGCGAUGGAUUCCGUUGCGGCUGUUCAAUGA